CACCCACCCACCCACUGACCACCCACUGACCACCCACUGACCACCAUGAAGCUCCUGAAAGAGGCGAUGGCGGUGCUGGUUCUCCUGCCCCGCUUCAUAGUCACCGCCUUGACUCUGUGGCUGCUGGACAUCCUGUGCAUCCGCAAGCGGCUGCUGUGCAAGUUGAGGGCUCGCUACGAGGAAGAGGAAGAGGAGGAGGAGGAGGAGGAGGAGGAGAUGGUGGCGGAUGAAGAAAAGCAGAGGGAAGAAGAGGGGGUGGAGAGGGAGGAAGAGGAGGGGAGCGAGAGGAGCAGCAGCAGCAGCAGCAGCAGCGCUGACGACCCCCCACUCUGUAUCUCAGACAGCAACAGUAUGUUCACUCUGCAGUCGCUCAAAGCCAUCUGGAGGGGGCAGAGGCUGGACCACUUCAAGGCGGCCCACGUGGGCUGCCGAGCCCCCAACCCUGAGGUGGUGCCCUUGGGGCCACAGAGGGGGAGGGGGGUCCGGCGGCUGCUGGACUACAGCCGAGACCCGCGGCCGCUCAUCCUCAACUUCGGCAGCUGCACCUGACCCCCCUUCAUGGCGCGCCUCAAGGCGUUCCGGCGGGUGGCCACCCGCUACGCGGACAUUGCGGACUUCUUGCUGGUCUACAUCGAGGAAGCCCACCCUUCCGACGGCUGGGUCAGCACCGACGCCCCCUACGAGAUCCCCAAGCACCGGUGCCUGGAGGACAGGCUGAGGGCGGCCAGCCUGAUGGACAAGGAGAACCCGGGCUGCCUUGUGGUGGCCGACGGUAUGGACAACCUGUCCAACGCCGCCUACGGGGCAUACUUUGAGAGGCUGUACGUGGUGAUGGACCAGCACGUGGUCUAUCAAGGAGGGAGAGGACCAGAGGGCUACAAGAUCUCCGAGCUCAGAGAGUGGCUCAGUCGGUACAGGAGGCAGAGCCCACACCCCAACACGACCAGUACUGUGGUCAUCCAAGUGUCAGAGUGAAACCAAAACAAGCACUGAAGCUCAACCGAUCUGAAACUUUACACAAAAAGGUUGAACGAUGCAUUUUUUGAACACUUCUCAUCAACCCCCCCACCUCCACUUCCCCCACCACCAUCCU